AUGAAACAAAUCCCAUACUACGAGCGCGACGUUGAUUUCGAGGCCCUCGCGAAACAAGACGCGGACUUUGCUGCCAUCGCCCAGACUGCAAAGAGCAGAGGCUUCAUCGAUUUUCGAAAUCCCAAAAUCGUGCAACAACUCGCCAAAUCACUCCUCAAUCAAGACUUCAAGCUUUCGCUGUCCCUCCCGGAUGAUCGCCUCUGUCCACCGAUUCCCGUCCGAUGGAACUACAUCCGCUGGAUCCAAGACCUGCUCGACACGACAGACUCCUCUUACCGAGACACGCCAGAUCCCUCGCGCGAAGUCGUAGGUCUGGAUAUUGGAAUCGGCGCAUCAUGUAUCUAUGCUCUGCUCGCCUGCUCCAAGCGGCCAGAGUGGCGAAUGGCAGGCACGGAUAUUGAUGUUCACUCUCUUGAAUGCGCUCAGCAGAAUAUCAACGUCAAUGGACUUGGAGAGCGAAUCAAAUUGAAACAUAUGCAAGUUGAUGGACCGAUUCUACCGCUGGAUUUGCUGAAAAUUGAGGAGAUGGAUUUUACGAUGACGAAUCCUCCAUUCUAUUCUUCGCAGCAGGACUUUCAGGCUAGUUCUAAGCAUGGCUCUGCUGAGGAUUCUACUGCUGCUUCUUCUGUAGUGUGCACUGGAGCGGAGAACGAGAUGAUUUGCGAGGGCGGCGAUGUGGGAUUCGUGAUGCGGAUUCUCAGAGAGAGUCUGGUGUUGAGGGAACGGGUGCAGUGGUAUACAGCCAUGCUUUCGAAACUUGCUUCCUUGCAGCAAGUCGUAGCGGCACUCAAAGAACACGGUAUCUCGAACUAUGCUGUCACGUCGUUACAACCUGGCCAGAGAACUAAACGAUGGGCUGUAGCGUGGAGUUUUGGAGACAUGCGGCCGAGAAAUGAUAUCAGUCGACAUGGGGAGCUGGUACAAGCUGUUCUACCAYUGCCGACAGCUCAGACGAUCAGUACUCCAAUGCAGGAUACAAUUUGGGCGGGCAAAAAGGUCGAUGAGACGAUCAAGGGGCUUGAUGUGAAGUGGCAGUGGCGGUCAGGUUCGCACAUGGGGGUCAUGGAGGCGAGAGAGAAUGUGUGGUCCAGAGCUGCAAGAAGGAAGAAGAAGUUUCAGGGCGAGAAGAUCGAUGACCAGGGAAGUGGGGAGAGCAAGGACGAAAUGAUGGUGGAUGAGAGUGAGGAGGAGGAGCCUGUGGCUUUGGCGGUAAAGAUUACGUGCAAGAAUGAAGAAGUUGAUGUGCGAUGGCUGCGGGGACAUGACCAUGUGGUCUUUUCGAGUUUCUGCGGUAUGCUGAAACGCGCUCUAACUGGACGAGUGUGA